AUGCUUUUAAAAAAACAUGGGGGGCAUAUUCCGACAGAGGCCCAAAUCCUGUCAAGCAUCAUCUCCAGUGAGCUGGCCAAGCACUGCAGGAGGAGGACACGGGAAGUUGAAGAAACUCGUGCCUUGAUUCAAGGACUGCUGGACUCCAUGUGGGAACUGACAGACACGACUGGUCUGCGCCUCAUCAAUCCGGAGAGAAUAACACACGUGUGGGAGGUGCAACAGAAGCAUUUACCCUGCAUCCAAGAUCCACCCGCGGUUCAGCUUUACACGAAACUGGGCUCCGGGUUACAGAAGGGAGACAAUGUUCUGGAUGUACUGAGGUGUGGCAGAGGGUCGUCUUCUCUGGAGAGCUUUCAUCGCCACCAGUGCACUUUUAUUCCAGGGUGGAGAUGUAAUGCUCUUCAUACUCAAAUGUACAUGCUUGAGGGUGCAUCGAGAUGGAACAUUAACCGGGCUCAUCAGGCUGUGGACAUGAGUGGUACAUCACAUACUAAAAUCUAUGAUGUACGUUUAUUUUCCCACAUGAACGUCCUCAGCAACAGAGUCCUCGGAUGUACUCUCCUGCCAGAAUUCAUGCCCCCUGGGAAACCCACUGAUGAGCGUAUAGCUGUGGAGUACUUGCUGGCGCAGUCUGACAGAGGAGACCUGCUUUCUCCACUGGAGCAUGUUGAAAUCACUCCGCCAGAGACACAGGUUGAAGUUCAGCAGGAUGAGUGUCUGGAUGUUACAAUAUGUGAUGCAGCAGACAUCAAUUUAGAUGCACACACCCGUAGCAGUUCCAGCAGUCAUGAUGAUUCAUUGAGCUCCUCUCUGGAAACCAGUCUUCCAAGUGGUGGCUCUUACAGUCCUGACAUUGAAGACAUUUCCUGCGCUGGGCCCAGCACAUCAGCUCCGGACAGUAGAUGUGAUUCAAGGGGUGUUCCUGGAUGGGAGGCAGUGGAUAACCUGGUAGGGUACCUCGUCAGCCUCAACCGCACUAUCACUGCUUUGUCAACCAACGAGAUAGCAGAGAUCUUGCGGUUUUAUUUGUUUCUGCAUGCCAUUGAUCGGUCCCCCUCCACGUAUUCCCUUAAGUGCAAGAAAAAUGUCUUGCCUGGAGAGCUUCUCGGAAGCGUAGUGGCUCAGCCCCUGGUCAGCAAGCGGCUGAGAGACUGUUCAUGACCCAUGGCCAGGCUGCCCAGAGACCUGAUGUCAACAGGAUUUCAGAAUGCGUCGCACUCAAGCUUUUGAAGGAAUUCAGGGAAGCCAGAAACAGGCCUAAAGACAACGAGGGCAAAAUCUUCCCAAUUCCUCAGGCAACUGUGAUGACGUAUAGUCACAUCAAGCAGCUGCUUGAAGACUGCAGAGAAGUGCUGGACAAGACCAACUUGGUGCUAGUUACGAUCAACAAUACUACAGUAUCAUCUUGGCUUUUAGACCGACAGAAAAGAACUGAUUGGGACACCUUGUUG